CACGGGAUGGCCGGGGCUUGGAAGCGCCCGGUGGGGAUCAGCCCCGCUGGGUCUGGAGUGUCCCCAGAGAGAGAACCAGCGAGCUCCCUUCCCUGAGCAGCCCGUUCCACUGCGCUGGCACGCUCAGUGCAAAGAAGUUGUUCCUCAUACUGAGGUGGAACUUCGUGUUUUAGUUUAUGGCCACUGCUCCUCGUCCUGCCGCUGGAGCCACUGGAAGGAGCCUGGCACCAUCCUCUUGACACUUGCCUUUGAGAUAUUUGUAUGUACUGACGAGAUGCUCUCUCAGUCUUCUCCUCCUCAGACUAAGCAGGCCCAGCCCCCUCAGCCUCUCCUCAGGAGAGGUGCGCCAGCCCCGUCAUCACUUCUGUGGCCCUCCGCUGGACCCUCUCCAGGAGCUCCUUGCCUUUCCUGCUCUGAAGAGCCCAGAACUGGACACAGCACUGCAGAAGGAGCAGAGCAAAAAGGCGGGACGAGCUCCCUCCGCCUACUGCCGCCGCUCUUCCCAAUUCACCCCAGGAAAUGCAUCCAGGGCGCUGGACGGGGAUGUGCGCGCGGCCUGCGCAUGCGCGGGGUGCCGUGGCCGAGCUAGCCGAGCCGAGCCGGGCCGAUGCUGCAGUGCCUGCGUCCCCACGGAUGCCUAUCCCCGCUUCCCACGUGCAUUCAGUUCCAAGGACUGGCAAGGCAUUUGCUUUUGAAGUAAUACCACAUGAGUGUGCUAAGGUGGAAGUGAAUCUCUGCUUGCCUUGACAGCCAGGACAGCUCAAUCCAGGAUCUUGAGCAAAAGAAAGAAAAAAGAAUCGUUCUUUUGGCCUCAGACUUUGAGGUAACAGCUCUCUGAAGACACGCUUCUUCCAAACCUGCAUCAGAGGGGAGCGCUCGGGAAAGCAGCCUGUUCUUCUGGCCAAGGUACCUGGGCCCACAUCACUUCUCCACCCUCAGCAAAGAUACUGGAUUUGCCAAGCCUCAACUUGUCACUGCCACCUGAGCCCUGGAAGAACUCAGAGGAGAUCUCAGGGUCCCUGAUUCUGCCUGGAUCGGUGCUGAGGCAGAGCAACAGGUGAGCCUGGCAGGGCUGCCUGCAGCUUGGGACAACACACUCAUGGUCCCCAGGAGUGGCCUCCAGCCUGCAGCUGGCACCUCCUACAGAUACAAACUGCAGUGCCUCUGGACCCAGGUGAGGCAGAUCGCCAGGGAGAGGGACAAGGCAAGGCUCAGUUUGGAGAAGGCAGAGAGACACUGCCUGCAGCUGGGCAGGGAGCUGGAUGAGCAGUACCUCGCUCUUGAGCACACCCAGAGCAAGCUCAGGAAUUUUCAGGCAGAAGUAGAGGCAAAAGAGCUGCUUUUACAGCAAGCAGUGAGUCACCAGGCAAAGCUGGAGGCUGCUACACAGCUCCUCCAGGGCAAAGAGGCCAACCUGCAAGGGAGACUGAACCAUGUGAUGAAUGAGAACACACAGCUACAAAAUAAGGUCACAGAGAUGGCUGAGAAACUGUCAGCCUCUGAGGAAAUGGUGUCGGAGCUGCAAAAAGAACUCAACCACAUUGUGAAGGAUAAGCUGGAGCAGGGGGAGCCCCACAGCCCAGAGUUCCUGAAGCAGAGCGAGCGCUUUGCCGAGAUUGUCCUGGAGUAUGAGCGGCAGUGCCAGGUGCUGUACAAGCAGAACGGAGCGCUGCGAAGGGAGCUGCAGAGGCUGCGCCUCCAGCUGCAGGAGAGCAGGGCUGAGGGAGGGCUGCCAGCGGCAGAAAUGUCACUCCCAGUGGAGCAGCUCCAAGAGCAGCUGCAGGACCUGAAGGUGCAGCUGGAAACCAAGAGUGAUGAGGGCAAGGAGGAUCUCUCUCACCCAGCUGUCAAGAGGCCUCAGCUGGGCUGUGAGCCCCCUGAGCACAAGGCUGGUGACAGUGCUGGCCCUGGCAUUGCCCAGCUGCAGAGCCAGAGCCUUCUGGAGGCUGAGUGGCUACGAGGAGCAGAGAUUGCUGCCAGGCUGGAGCACCACCAGAGGCAUGCAGCAUGCUGGAUGGAGAUGGAGCUGCUCCAACAGCAGCUCCAGGCCUCACAGGAAAAGCUUCUGGAAGCCAAAGCUAGCCUGAGCCUGGCCCAGGCCCAGCACGCUCUGCAGCUGCAGCAGGCCAAGGCCCAGAUAAACAACAUGGUACCAAAGAAGCAGUUUGAGCAGCUGCAAAACACCUUGAGAGAGGAACAGUGCAAGACUCAGCAGCUCCAGGAAAGCCUCCAGCUGCAGGCUGAGCAAACAUGCAGGCAGCUGGUCAGGACCCAGGAGGAACAUGAGCAGCUGCUGCAGGCAGCUGUGGAGCAGGCAGAGGGGCUGGAACAGAGUCUGAGGAAUGCUGAAGCUGUGCUGGCAGAGAGGGCAGCUCAGCUCAGAGAUGCCCAGGCCCAACUCUCCAGGAACAAACUCUUGAUUGAAGAGCUCCGUGGAGAGAACAGGAGGUUUGCAAUGGCCCUGCAGGCUGCUGAGCUGAAGCAGAAGAGCAUGGAGGAGAAAAACCAGCUGUUGGAGGAACAAGCCUCAGCUCUGAAGCAGCUUAUUGGAAAAAUCACACCAGCAUCCCUGAGUGGGUGAUGGAACAUCUGCAGUGGCAGCCCCUGGUCCUGGCUGAGGCUGGUCAGGUCCAGAAUGGGAGAUAUGCCUGGGUUGGGAAAUCAGCCUUGUCCUCUCUGGUCUUGCCAGGAUUUUGCUGUGCAGACAAUACCAAAUGGGGAGCCUAGAGUCCUUUGAGGAAAUUGGUCUUGUGGAUAGCUGAAUUUUUCAACUGAAAGCAGCAGCCUUGGUGCCUUUCUCAGUAGCAGUGUGCUGUUAUGUCAUGUCUGUCUCAGGACAGCCAGCUCAGAGGAUUUCCUUUGGCAGUGUUUGGUGGUGGUACAGGUGCUCCCUCUCUGCAGAAGGCUGAUGUUGGAGGCACAGUUACAUCUAAAAAGCCAGGGCAGAAAGGCUUGCAGCAGCCUGUGCCUGGCUCACUCCAAGCAGGAAAGAAAGCUGAAUUGUGGCAUUAAAAAAUUUGUAAUGUUACAGCACCUCCUGCUAUUUGCAAUCUGCUCUGUAUUUGUUACCUUCCCCAACUGCUGCUGAACAUUUAUUCCCAACAGCUCCUCCUACAGCCUUGAGCCUAGGAUCCAAAACCAACCAGACCGUUGCCUCUGCCAUAAGCAGGACAGAGCAAUGCUGUAAUGCCCCAGACGUUUAUCCUGUUCCUGCAUUCUUCCCCAGCUGUUUGCUUUUUCAGCUCCAGUCUGAGAUGGGGGCUAAGCAAACCUCUAAUCUCACCUAGGGCUGAUGUUUUUGCAAGUGUUUUCCAGACACAGUGCAAGAGCUGAGGAGCUCCAUUACAAAAAGCAGACAGGGAAAGCAACUCUUCAGCCUUGUUCUGGCUCUGUGCUAACCAGAAUCCUUAAAACCCUCCACUCCCUUUCCCACUCCUACUCCAACUAGCCCAUAGACCCUACCAGACCAGUGCUCUGGGAUAAGAGAUUCUUCACAGGAACAGAGGCACAGGCUAAGCACACUGGGAGAAACCCAGGCCCAUGACCCAGACUGCAAUGAUCAUUCACACAGCACCACGAGAAACAACAUUUAUGGGUCUCUGAUGGGGACAAGGCUUCAUGUGUAAUCCUGGA